GUUAACAGCUGAAGUUGGCUGCCACGUAUUAAACAUUCCUGCCAUGCUUUUAUUUUGAGAACAGUAUUUAUUUAGUUUUUUUAAAGAAACGCAGCGACUCGCUUGCAGUUGCAUUGAUUAGUCAGUAAGUUGUAGUGUUUAAAAAUGAUUCCUCUCUCCAUGUUGUCCAUGUUGUCCUCACUGUGGGUGGUUGUGUCUGGAGGAAAACUGCCCGAGCCAGAGGUGAAAAUAGAAGUUGUACACAAACCGUUAAUGUGCUACCGCAAGACAAAGUAUGGAGACAUGCUCCUGGUUCACUACGAGGGAUUCCUGGAGAGUAACGGCACCAUGUUUCAUUCCAGCUGGAAGGAAGGGGAUAGAAAUCCAGUCUGGUUCACUCUUGGGAUCCAAGAAGUAAUCAAGGGCUGGGAUAAGGGUCUGAAGGACAUGUGCGCAGGAGAGCGCAGGAAGCUGACCAUCCCUCCAUCUCUGGCAUAUGGCAAGGAAGGAAAAGGCAAGAUCCCUUCAAGCAGCACUCUUAUUUUUGAUAUUGAGCUCAUGGAGAUUCGAAAUGGUCCCAGGUCACACGACUCGUUUCGGGAGAUGGAUCUCAAUGAUGACUGGAAGCUCUCGAGAACUGAGGUGAGAGAGUACCUGAAGAAGGAAUUUGAGAAACAUGGAUACUCGGCUAACGACACGCACCAUGAAGUGAUGGUAGAGGACAUCUUCAAAAACGAGGAUGAGGAUAAAGAUGGUUUCAUAUCUGCGAGGGAGUUCACCUACCAGCACGAUGAGCUCUGAUGUCAUCAACCUUUUUUACACAAACAAAGUUUAUGAAAUUCCUCCUAAAAAAGUCACAGGACUGAGGCAUUGUGAAUGAAAUCAGGGCUGUUUUACAUGAACAUUUUUAAGGCCUUGUGUUUUUACACUUUUGAACAGUAUUGUCUUAAGUUUUGUUUGUCCUUGAAUGCGACUUCCAUAAUAUACAGUAUUUAUUUCAAUUGCGCCUGCACUGAUGAUGUCACCUCACAUUUACUUAG